AUGAACAAAGACGACGAUCCAAAUGUGCCUGCUUUGGAGAAGUACGGCACUAACCUCACCGACUUGGCUAAGGAGGGUAAGUUAGACCCUGUGAUCGGACGUGACGAGGAAAUAAGAAGAACCAUUCAGGUUCUCUCCAGAAGAACAAAAAACAACCCAGUUCUUAUUGGUAAUGCAGGUACAGGUAAGACUGCUAUCAUGGAGGGCCUUGCCCAGAGAAUUCUUAAGGGCGAGGUUCCCGAGCUGAUGAAAGACAAACAGAUCAUUACGCUAGACUUGGCAGGAAUCAUAUCUGGUGCAAAGUUCCGUGGUGACUUUGAAGAGAAGCUCAAAAAGAUAUUGAAAGAAGUCGAAGACAAGAAAGGCUCUGUCAUCCUUUUCGUUGACGAACUCCACCUUCUAAUGGGUUUAGGUAAGGCCGAAGGCUCUAUUGAUGCUUCCAACAUGCUCAAGCCUGCAUUGGCCAGAGGUAAGCUCUCUCUCUGUGGUGCCACAACCAUUGAAGAGUACAGAAAGUACGUGGAAAAAGAUGCUGCUUUAGCGAGGAGAUUCUCGGCCGUGAUGGUGAAUGAACCUACUGUUCAAGACUCUAUUUCCAUACUUCGUGGUCUCAAGGAACGUCAUGAGGUGCAUCAUGGUGUACGUAUCACCGAUGGUGCCCUUGUCACAGCUGCUUUGUACUCCAACCGAUACAUAACCGAUAGGUUUCUUCCAGAUAAGGCUAUCGAUUUAGUGGAUGAAGCAUGUUCCACUUUGCGUUUGCAGCAUGAGUCAAGACCUGAUGCUAUCACUCAUUUAGACCGUCAGAUCAUGACUAUUCAAAUUGAAUUGGAGUCACUUAGGAAGGAGGAAGAUCAGUUAUCGAAAGAUAGAACCACUAAGCUCGAAGAAGAACUUAAAGUCAAGGAGAGCGAACUCAAGGAACUCACUGAGAAAUGGGAAUCUGAGAAGAAAGCCAUAGAUGAAGUAAAGCAGGCAAAGGCAGACUUGGAACAGGCCAGAUUUGACUUGGAGGAGAGCCAAAGAGAGGGUAAUUACGCAAAGGCCUCUGAAUUGCAAUACUCGACGAUUCCAAGAUUGCAACAGCAGGUGCAAGAGCUUACAGAGUCUGAGGAUGUAGUUAAGUCGCUGUCAAUCUUGCACGACUCUGUCACAUCCGACGACAUUGCAGCUGUUAUUUCGAAGAUGACAGGCAUUCCUCUCAGUAACUUGAUGAAGGGUGAGAAAGACAAAUUGCUCGACAUGGAGAUUAUCUUGAAGCAGCAUGUAGUUGGUCAAGAUGAGGCUAUUCACGCUGUUUCUGACGCUGUUCGCUUGCAAAGAGCCGGCCUCACAAGUGACAAGAGACCAAUUGCAUCUUUCAUGUUCUUGGGUCCAACUGGUACAGGUAAGACGGAGUUGACCAAGCAGCUCGCUGAGUUUUUGUUCAACGACAAGAGUUCAGUCAUUAGAUUUGAUAUGUCUGAGUUCCAAGAGAAGCACACAGUCUCUCGGUUGAUCGGCUCACCACCAGGUUACGUUGGCUAUGAAGAUAGCGGUGAGUUGACAGAGGCCGUGAGAAGAAAGCCAUACUCUGUCGUAUUGUUUGAUGAGUUUGAGAAAGCGCACAAGGAUGUCUCAAAAUUGCUUUUGCAAGUGCUCGAUGAAGGCUCUUUGACAGAUUCGCAUGGUAAACACAUCGAUUUCAGAAACACCAUUAUCGUGAUGACUUCAAACAUUGGGCAAGAGAUUCUCUUGGCUGACAAGGAUGCAAAGGAGGAUGGAUCUAUCAGAUCUUCCGUUAAGCAAGAUAUUCUUGAAUUGUUGCGUCACCAUUACCCUCCUGAGUUCUUGAACCGUUUGGACGAAGUGUUGGUGUUUAACAGGCUUUCGAAAGAUUCUUUGAAGAACAUCCUUGAUAUCAGGUUGAGAGAGAUUGGCGAAAGAUUGAGUGACAAGAGAAUAUAUCUUCACCUCACUGACGAAGUCAAAGAACAUCUCGCAACAAAGGGCUACGAUCCAGUUUACGGUGCCAGACCUUUGAACAGAGUGCUUCAGAAGGAUCUUUUGAACCCACUAGCAAUGCUCAUGAUCAAGGGUCAGGUGAAGGAAGGAGAUGAUGUUAAGGUCGAAAUGCAGAACAGCAAAUUGCACAUCGUUCCCAAUCAUCCUGCCGAAAACGAAGGAGAUUAA